AUGAAUAUUUUAGCAAAUUUUAAUAAUAGUAAAAUUUUACAGCAAUUGUUUGCUCUUGGUAGAGCUAUUAACAAUCAAGUUGUAAGAAAUGCAUCCGUUGAAGCUGGACCUAGGACUGCCAGGCUAAAGGAACUUCAAAAGAGAUUACAGGUACUUCAUUUCAAUAUAAAAAGGCAUUUGCACAAACUAAAUGUUAAGGGGUUAUCCUAG